AAAACUGAAAACUCUCACAGGUGGUGCUCAGCAUGGCGGGGACUCCGGGCCUCCUCCUCCUCCUCCUCUGUGCUGUCGGGCCGGUGAGCCCCUUCAGCACCCACUGGAAACCCACCUGGCCUGCUUACCGCCUCCCUGUGGUCUUGCCCCAGUCCACCUUCAAUUUGGCCGAGCCAGAGUUUGGGGCCGAAGCCAAACUGGAAGUGUCGUCCUCGUGUGGCCCCCAGUGUCACAAGGGAGCCCCACUACCCACGUAUGAAGAGGUCAAGCAGUACCUGUCUUAUGAGACCCUCUAUGCCAACGGCAGCCGCACCGAGACGCAGGUGGGCAUCUACGUCCUCAGAAGUGGCCAGGGGGAGUCUCCGGGGAAGUCUCGGAGGAAGCGGCAGAUUUAUGGCUACGACAGCAGGUUCAGCAUUUUUGGGAAGGACUUCCUGCUCAACUACCCCUUCUCAACAUCGGUGAAGUUAUCCACAGGCUGCACCGGCACCCUGGUGGCGGAGAAGCACGUCCUCACAGCUGCCCACUGCAUACACGAUGGGAAAACCUAUGUGAAAGGAACCCAGAAACUUCGGGUGGGCUUCCUGAAGCCCAAGUUUAAAGAUGGCGGUCGAGGGGCCAACAACUCCAGCUCAGCCAUGCCCGAGAAGAUGAAAUUUCAGUGGAUCCGGGUGAAGCGCACCCACGUGCCCAAGGGUUGGAUCAAGGGCAAUGCCAAUGACAUUGGCAUGGAUUAUGACUAUGCCCUCCUGGAACUCAAGAAACCCCACAAGAGGAAGUUCAUGAAGAUUGGGGUGAGCCCUCCCGCCAAGCAGCUGCCAGGGGGCAGAAUCCACUUCUCCGGUUAUGACAAUGACCGACCGGGCAAUUUGGUGUACCGCUUCUGUGACGUCAAAGAUGAGACCUAUGACCUGCUCUACCAGCAGUGUGACGCCCAGCCCGGGGCCAGCGGGUCCGGGGUCUACGUGAGGAUGUGGAAGAGACAGCAGCAGAAGUGGGAGCGAAAAAUUAUUGGCAUCUUUUCAGGGCACCAGUGGGUAGACAUGAAUGGUUCUCCACAGGAUUUUAACGUGGCUGUUAGAAUCACCCCUCUUAAAUAUGCCCAGAUUUGCUAUUGGAUUAAAGGAAACUACCUGGAUUGUAGGGAGGGGUGACACGGGGUUCCUUCCUGGCCACACACAAUGGUUUCUCAUGUACUUACUUUAGGAGAGGCCAGAUUUUGUCACUGGGAGGGGUGUGUGUGCGUGUGUGUGUUUGUGUGAAAUGUGUUACCUUUUACCUAAUUUCUUUAAAUUGCAAGAUGACUGGCUAUAUUAUUUGAAAACUGGUUUGUGUGUCAUAUACCAUUUGAGCAGUCUGAAGGCAUACUUUUGCAUAGAAAUAAAAAAAACAUGCUGAGGUUUGGGGCAAUAGGGAAGAUUGAGUGAUUAAGUUAAUCUUUCACUUUUUGAGAACAUUGAUUUUUAUUUCAUCUGAACUUGUUUCCAAAGUUUAUGUUAAAUACAUGGCAUACAGAAGAGAUAAAUUCUUGUGUGUGUGUGUGUGUGUGUGUGUGUGUGUGUGUUUUCUCCUGAGAUUCAUCUUGUUUUGUUUUGUUUAGUGCCUAAUCAUUAGUAUUUCCAGAUGGCAAGGUUCUCCACCACAUACAACUCUUAGGAACUUUUAUAAUACUUUUUGAGAGGCAGUUAUACGAUUUUGGAUUUAGGGGCAUUUGCACAGUAGUCCUGGGUCAGUGAAAUAAUUUGUUGACUAUGUUGGUGCACAUGUUAAACUGUCUCUUACAGUAAGUCAGUAUCCCAAGUGUCUUUCAGUUUUGACAUCGUUUCUCGUCUGAAGGCACUUGCUCUACUUUUUGGGAAGAAUUUGCAUGUGGUUCAGCCAGUUCUGCAGUCAGGCCAGAGUAGGCAAGACUGCGUAUGCCAGUCCUUCCAUUUACAGGAUUUCACUCACAUUUCUUGAACUAGCUGUCCUCCAGAAGACAAUAAUCAGGGCCUAAUUAGAACAGGCUGCAUUGCUUCCCAGCUAACAGUUGUGGUCACACUAAAAACAAUCAUUGUAUUUCACCCCUGGAGUGUAGCACAUCUCAUGUUUUAUCAUUUGGAUGGAGUAAUUUAAAAUGAAUUAAAUUCCAGAGAACAAUGGAUGCAUUGCUUGGCAGAUGUCACAACAGAAUAACCACUUGUUUGGAGCCUGGCACGGGCAUACAGCCUAAUCAAAAUUAUUCUGCACAGUUUUCAGUGCGCUUUCAGGGAGCUGUGUACGGGUGCACUUUGGAAACUUUUCUCUCUUACUUUGCUUGUUCUAUAGUAAAAAUAUUUGGAAAGUACUUUAAGAAAAACCAAUAUGGCUUUUUUUCACUAGCUUCAAAAGGGCCUCUUUUACUGGGAUAUUCUAGGCUGCAGACACACAUAAUCAAGUUCAAGAGUAAAAGUGAAAAUUGGCAAAUGUAAAGCGGAUCAAAAUCACCACCUCAGUAAAUUAUGGAUGUUUUAUCAGAAUGAAAAUCACAGGAUAGAAAGAAAAGACUUUGACUUAUUUUGUGUUUUCAUUUUAUGCCUCUUGGCUUGAGCAGCUCUUUCUAAAUGUAUCAGUAGAGGAAAAAAGCAGAUGAAUUACAAAGCAGAUGUGCCACGUGCUCGCACCCCUGGCAACUCCAGCCGGCACUGUGACUGUUUGUUUAUGAGGACGUUGAAACCCAGGGCUGAUGCUUAACCCUUCUCUGGGUGAUUUUUGGCUUGUGUUCCUUGAGCUUUUCUAAAGCAUGACCCUGAUAAGGCACUCAAGAAACUACACCCAUACUGCUGUCUUCAAAUCACGUAAGAAAUUCUAUGCAUAGCAGAGCUGCGGGGCCACCAGGAAUCUCCUGAGUUCCGCCACAAUAUGGCUUGGACGCGACCAGGACUCCAGCCUGGGGAAGAAGAGAGGUCUCCUUCUCUGUGCUGGUAUUUGGGGGGUUUGUUUGUCUUUGCUUGGUGCUAAAGGAGGUUCUCUGGGCGCCUCGACCAGAUCUGGUUUUUUAAAAAACAGAUGCUCCUUUAUCAAGGCAUACUUGAUUUCUCGCAACAUUGAAACUUCCUCAGCAAGGGUCAACAGUGGCACAAAGUCAAAAUAAUACAGUAUUUAGUUCACAAGUAGAUGUAAUUUACUAAGACUAGCACCCACAGGCUAUAUCUAGCAUAACCCAUAGAAUUGUAAAGGAAGACAAUAAAAUAGUUCCAUAUGUCCACUUUUUUAGUGGUUAAAAAAAAGGAAGCAGGUAUUAAAAUAUGGAAGCUGAAAAAAAAAGAAAAGACUCUUGCAACAUGAUGAACAUAAUUAGCGCUUUACAUGUGUUAGUUACACGUUGUAAGGAUGUAUUCCUAGUAAGGCUAGAACAAUGUUGCCCAAAGUAUGUGCCUUAAACACUCGUCCCUCCAGAUUUUCUGCCAAAAAUUAAAAUGGCAUAAUCAUCAAGGAGGAAGGGGAUGCCUCACAUUCUUCCCUUUUUCACUGGGGAUUUAGUUGCCUGUUUGCACAUUAAAAGCUCUAAGAAGUCCUGUAAUAAAGAGUCAUAUUAAUGUUUUUAAAUCUGCAUUUCAAUAAACAUCUUUGAUCACAGAACCCUUGUUUUCUCAUGGGAUACUGAUGAGCAAUUUAGUGUUCCAAUCAAUACAUUUUGGAGAUUGCUAUCACUGCCUUCUGGUCAAAGUGAUGAUGCAGAAAGUCUGAGUCCCGAGUGGCGCUGGGUACUGGGGCCUUUUGGGUGAAACAGAACCCCAUAUUUGGAAAUAUUCAGAGGGUAAAACGGGAGAGAAUAAACUUGAAAAUCAUUUGUUGUCGAGAAUCAGAAGAUUGUGACAGAAUUUGGAACACAUUUUUUCAUAGACUUUAUUCAAAGUGCUGGAUUUUAUAAAGGAGCUAGUCCAAAGGCAUGGGAAAAUAGGGCUAAAAGAGGUAAAGAAAUAAAGAGGUAAAGAAGUC